UAUACGCUAUAUAUAUAUCCCACCUAAUGCUCUCUUGAACAAAUUAUGGCAUUGUCUCUUAUCAGGGGUAAGGGUCUACAGUACGGAUAUUCGCAGUUACGUUUCUUCUCCUGUGUCUCGACCAUGAAGAAAGGUUUGGUACUGGGUGUAUAUGAAUCAGAAGAUGAGAGCAAGGUCUCAUUGACUCCCACAGCAGCCAAAUAUGAUGAACUAGUUAAUGGAAAACUACAAAAGAAUAUCUUGUUAGCAGGUCCGAAAAUUCCCAAAGGUUCUGUUAGAGUAUUUUGGGGUUUGGAUGAAAAGGAAUAUGUGGGAGUUGCAGUAGUUGGUCUUGGAAAAAAGAACCUUGGCAUUAACCAACUCGAGGAAGUACACGAAGGAAAAGAAAACAUACGUACAGCUGCAGCAGCUGGUUGUCGGGCACUGGACGCUGUUGCAAUUAAGGACAUAACAUUGGAGACAUUGGGGGAUGCAGAAGCUGCAGCUGAAGGAGCUGCUCUAUCGAUUUGGUUUUAUCAAGGUCUUAAAAACAAAGAAAAGCAGAAAGUAUUUCCAAAAAUAUCAUUGUAUGGUCAAGAAGGAGAGGAACAAUGGCGAGUUGGAAGUAUCAAAGCCAGUGCACAGAACUGGGCACGCCAAUUGGCAGAUACUCCAGCGAAUCUAAUGACCCCCACCAUAUUUUCGCAAGAAAUUUGCUCAGUUCUUACAAAAUUGGGAAUCAUCGUCAAAGUUCACGAUAAAGAAUGGGCAGAACAGAAGAAAAUGGGUUCUUUCCUUAGCGUUUCUCAUGGUAGCUGUGAACCACCGAAGUUUGUUGAGAUUCACUAUAAAGGUGCUGAUGAUAAUUCUCAACCGAUUGUCUUUGUCGGAAAGGGUGUUACAUUUGAUGCUGGCGGUAUCAGUCUCAAGCCUCCAGCUGACAUGGACGAAAUGCGUGCAGACAUGACUGGGGCGGCGUGUGUAGUUGCUGCGAUUCGAGCUGCAGCUGAACUGAAGCUGAAAGUGAACAUGAUCGGUUUAAUUCCACUUACGGAGAAUUUGCCUUCCGGUACUGCAACGAAACCAGGAGAUCUUGUGGUCGCAAUGAAUGGGAAAAGUAUCAUUGUAGAUAAUACAGAUGCAGAAGGCAGACUGAUUCUUGCUGACGCGCUUUGCUAUGCUCACGAAUUUGAUCCAAGAUUUAUCUUGGAUAUUGCAACACUAACUGGUGCAAUGAGAAUCAGUUUGGGAGGAGCUGCAACUGGAGUCUUCACAAAUGACGGUACACUCUAUGAGAAAUUAAGAGAUGCUGGUACUCUAACUGGAGAUCGAGUGUGGAGAUUUCCUCUUUGGCAAUAUUUCACAGAUGAAAUGACAAAGAAAAUUAAAUCAGCAGAUAUAAAUAAUGUCGCGAAAACCAAAGGCGGUGGCUCGUGCACAGCGGCCGCUUUCUUGCGAGAAUUUGUUGAAAACAAUACACCAUGGUUGCAUUUGGAUAUUGCAGGAGUGAUGGGUCCUGCACCCGAUGAGGUAGCUUACAUUCCAGCUGGAAUGGCAGGUCGCCCAACCCGUACGCUUAUUCAGUUCAUACAGACAUUUUGUUAAAGUAUACAACUGACUUAAGUCGUAUGGUGCUAAUUGUAUGGUUUAUUUUUAUAUAUACGUAUGCAUAUGUGUAUACACACAUGUAUAUAUGUAUAUAUAUAUAAUAUCAUCUGUUUCUUUUUCUAUAUACAUAUGUAUAAAAAUACGUAUACGUUUUAUAUAUACGCUGCCCACCUCCCUUCUUAUUACAUUCCUACCGUAUUCACGUAUGUCGUAUGUGUAAACGGACCACAAUUGAAUAUGAAAAUUAUAAUGAAUCAAAUUAAAUCUGAAUGUAGGCAAAAAUUGAACCAAAUGUUCCGUCAGUCACAAAAUAUGUAGUCGUUACGUUUGUGUACAGAUUGCAUUUUCUUACAGUACGACAGCAAUAUUUGGUACAAAUGUAAUGAAUUCAUAUCCUUCUUUGUACAGUGAUUUUGUUCAUAUUAUGUAAACAGUUAAAUUCGAUGAACAGUGAUCAAUUACCAGUGUCACUGAACAUUGGUAACCGUAGUAUACAAAAAAAAAAAGGAAAUAAAGUGUCAUACAGUAGUACCAGGAA